AUGCCACCAAUCCCCAUCGCCCUAUGUGGCAAAAGCUCCUCAAUGGCCUCCUCCUUCGCCCCAACAAUGCUACCCGAAUAUGAGAUAGUUCACCAUUUCCAAUCCCUAGAAGCAGUCCAAAAAGAGCUCACCCACCUUCUCCGGGGUGAAAGCUUCACACCUACCUCAGACCUGGGAGCCGACGACAACGAAGCAAAGAAUGCCCACACCGCCGGACCACCUCGGAAACCUCGAGCAGUAAUGCUUGGCGCAGGCUUCAAUCAAGAGGAACUGGACGAGAUGCUCAAGGUUGAGGGAGCAGAUCAAGUCAGCUGGUUAUUUCCCGAUGCACUGAAGAGUGUGGGAAAUGUGAUGACCGGUCCCUUCUUCAUGACUGUGCUAGCGAAGCGUGUCAAGGCGUGUCUACAAAGUAACGGCAUUGUCAAGGGUGAGGAGGGCAAGGCAAAGGGUGGCGAAGUGUACAAAUUUUGA